UCUCUGUCACGUGACCCUACAGCAGAAAGCGGAAGUGAAAUCUGUAAGCGUCACUGUAAACAUGAGAAAAGCAAAACGCGCACAGUAAAAUCGCGUUUUUAUUUUAUUCCCAGUAAGGAAACGGAAGACUCCUGUCGUUUUGAGGCGGUUGUGAGAGUAAUGGCGGGAUUUCUGUUGAUAGUUCUGCCGCUGAUGUUGUGUUACUCUCAGGUCUGUGGUCAAGAGGGGAUUUUACACGUAUCUAAUGGAUCUACAGUAAGAGAGUAUUGUCUGGUAUUUAACUCUUCAUGGAGUAACAUCUCACAAACCCUCAGUCAAGCUCAGUCAUUGCCGUUCAUGAACCUGACGUCCAGUUUCCUGUGUGAUGCUGCUCAUCUGGAUCCAGGUCCUCUGAAGGGUGGAGCUCUAGCGGUCCUGCGAGGUCUCUGUGACUUCAGUCAGAAAGCGCAGGUCGCUCAGAAUUCAGGUGCAUCUGCGCUUCUGAUCGCCAGCAAUAGCAGUUUGGUGACGCCAUCAGCAAAUGAGACGGAGUACAGUAAAGUGAAGAUUCCUCUCGCACUGGUGAGGUAUCGAGAUCUGCUGGAUGCCAUGCAGGUGUUUCCUGAUGGAAUGGACGUGAGGUUAUACGCUCCACCUGCACCACGGUUUGACGCCAGCAUCGUCCUUCUCUUAAUGAUCGCUGUGUUUACGGUUGCCGUCGGGGGGUUCUGGAGCGGAGCGGCGGAAAAGUGUAAGCAGACGGCAGGCUCCCCUACAGACGGGGGUGACGGGCAGACAGACAGCAGUGAGCUCGCUCUCUACUCACCUCUGAAGGUUCUGUUGUUUGUGGCUAUGAUGUGCGUGAUGUUGGUUCUGAUGUAUUUCUUCUACGUUUGGCUCGUUUAUGUGAUAAUCGUCAUCUUCUGCCUGGCGUCGGCGACGGCUCUCUUUAACUGUCUGGAUUCACUGAUGACGGCUGUUGGAUGUGGAACGCUCAGUUUGUCCUGCAGAGAGAAAACUGUGUCUGUAAGGUCACUGCUGCUCGCUGCUGUCUGUAUUACAUUGGCUGUGAUCUGGGGAGUUUACCGCAAUGAUGACAGGUGGAUCUGGAUUCUUCAGGAUCUGCUGGGUGUGGCUUUCUGUCUCAACUUCCUGAAAACGAUCACCCUCUCAAACUUUAAGAUUUGUGUGAUUCUGCUGAGUUUGCUUCUCCUCUACGAUGUUUUCUUUGUCUUCAUCACACCUUUCCUGACACCUAAUGGAGAGAGCAUUAUGGUACAGGUGGCUCUGGGUCCAGGAGCGGGAGGAAGAAAGGGGGAUGGUAGAGCGGUUGAGGUUCCUGCCGACCCCUACUCGUCAUCCUAUGAGAAACUGCCGGUGGUAAUGCGUAUCCCACAGUUCUUUGCUUUGGCUCAGAAUCUCUGUAUGCCUCAGUUUUCCAUAUUGGGCUAUGGUGACAUCAUUGUACCAGGACUGCUGGUUGCGUACUGCCACAGGUUUGAUGUGUGGAUGAACAACUCCAACAAAAUCUACUACAUCUCCUGCGCUCUCGCGUACUGUGUGGGUCUGGUAUUGACAUUUGUAGUGAUGUUGGCAUCUCAGAUGGGUCAGCCAGCGUUGCUGUAUUUGGUUCCCUGUACUCUUCUCACCAGCUUCAUUCUCGCUUGUGCCCGGAAAGAGUUGAGGCAGUUCUGGGCUGGCACCACCUACCAAGUUCUGGAUGAGUCCAGGAGGCCCUUACUCUCAGGUGGGGAUGUAGAUCAUGCCAGCGGAGCCUCUACGAACACACAACAGAAGGGAAUCUGUUAAUAUUUAUGAACGGCAAUACUGUAAAAUACACUGGGACAAUUUCCACGCAUUUAACUAAACCUUUAAACUGACUGAGAAGAAAUUCAUUUUUAUGGGGCCUUAAAUCACCAGAUCAAUCUGCAGUUCUUUCUAAUUUUUUUACAUGAUUUUAUAUUGUAAUGUUUGAAAUACUUUAUAUUAUAUAAUCAAGGGUGUUGAUUUGGGUAGGGACGCUAGGAAAUGCUGUCCCUACCAAUAUUCAGGGAACACUGAAUUGUCCCUAGCAAUAAUAUCAACCAAACAAUUGAUCUUUAUUUAUAACAACUGAUGUGUGUCUUGUGUGUUUACUUAUUGCUUAUUUUGAUUAACAUGAAUUUAUUCAGCAAUCACUAAAUGAGAUUAAAACUAUUUUACAAUCA